UAGCCUAUGUGAAGCUCUAGACUCUAGACAACACAAAAAUAAACUUCUCUAACCUGAUUCCGAUAGCAGUUUAUCUAGACUAGAUCUAGCCUAGCUCUAGAGUCUACAAGACAGUAAUGAAUGUUUCGUCCUGAGGAAUUUGAUAGGAAUGUCAUAAAUUUGAACAAAAUGAAUCAUUUUGAAAUGUGAAGUGUCGAAAUAAAAUUAUACUGAUUCGGCAGUGACUUUCUUCAAAUAGAUCUAGAAUACAUUCUUAUUUUUGUGGGUGAACAAAGUUAGAAAGAAGAUGCAGAAUGGAGAGGACACUCAGAGUGCACCAACCUGGAACACUUACUUAUACGAGCUUCAGCAGCAAGCACCAAAGCCAAUAUGUAUACAGUGUCAACUUGAGGUCCCCAACAAGCCAGCCCAGUAUGGGAAAGAGUUUCAUGGAGCACUAAGCAGGCAAGAGGCAGACAGGCUUUUGAACAGAGAUGGAUGUUAUCUGGUUAGGAAGAGUGAAAGGGCACCAGAUGCUUUUACUUUGGCCAUAAGAUUUGAUGGAGAAACCAAAAAUUACAAGCUUUACUAUGAUGGCAAGCACUAUGUCGGAGAGAAGAGAUUUGAUUCCAUCCAUGACCUGGUGGCCGAUGGGCUCAUCCACUUUUUUAUUGAGCUGCGGGCUGCAGAUUACAUCAAAACACUCUCACAAGAAUCUAAUUAUGAGGAAUCACCAUACAUGGCAUAUAACAUGAAACGCAAACGCAUGGGCAAGUCUAAAACAGAAGGCAAUGUCAAUGGUAUUAAUCAUGAGGGUAAUACACAGGCAACAUAUGCUGAUGAUGCUGGGCCUGCAACAGAUUUUAAUGAUUAUGAAAAGCAGCACAUCUUUAAAGUACAAAACUUCAUGGGCCUUCACUGGUGUGAUUAUUGUGCAAAUUUUAUGUGGGGUCUACUGGCACAGGGUGUCAAAUGUCAAGACUGUGGUCUACAAGCACAUAAAAAAUGCAGUGAAAAGGUGCCCAAUGAUUGUAUGCCUGAUAUGAAGUAUGUCAAAAGAAUAUUUGGUGGAGAUCUGACAACAGUGGUCAAGGCUCAGAAGUCACUCAUCCCACUAGUGGUGGAAAAAUGUGUUAAAGAGAUUGAGUUAAGAGGUUUGGAGAUGGAGGGACUCUACCGGCUAGCUGGCUUUCAUGAUGACGUAGAGGCUGUACGCAUGGCUUUUGAUAAAGAUGCAGAAAACACAGAUAUAAGUGUGAACAAGUAUGAGGACAUCAACACCAUAUGUAGUGCUCUCAAGCUGUACUUCAGGAUCUUACCCAUCCCUUUAAUCACAUGUCAGGUCUAUAAGAAACUCAUGGAAAUUAUCAAAACUGAAGACCUUUCUCCAUCUGACCAAGUCCAGCUGAUGAAGGAGCCCUUAAAUAGCUUGCCACCAGCUCACUUUCACACCCUCAAGUACAUGUGUGCUCACCUGGGCAGGGUAGUGGAACACAAGAGCAAGAACAUGAUGUCUUUUGAAAACCUGGCUAUUGUUUUUGCCCCCACUCUAAUGAGGUCUGAUGAUGCUGAUCCAAUGAUGAGUCUCAUGGCUGCCAAGUUUGAGCAAAAGAUUAUGGAGAUUGUACUCAGCAAGCAUAUCAAGCUGCUGGGCAAAUAGUUCUACAGUGUACACAGCAAGCUGUGCUACUGGGUGCACAGCAACUUGUGCUACUGGGUGCACAGCAAGUUGUGCUACUGGGUGCACAGCAAGUUGUGCUACUGGGUGCACAACAAGUUGUUUGGACCAAGGCUUCCCUCAGCUAAAUAUUUCUAAACAUGAAGAAGAAACUGGCCAAAACACUUGAUAAUCCUGAAAAAGUUUGAAUUCAUGUGAAAUAAAUUCUUUUUCUUGUUCAGACUAUUUGAUAUGAGUGUGUAAGUUGAGUAAGUGGAUGUCAUCAUCUUGUUCUACUAUUUGAUCUGAUGGAGUAAGUGGAUGUCAUCCAACUUUUAAACUUUGUUCACCUUUGUUCACCACAGACAUGUCUGUUGAUGUAGUCACCACAGAAAUGUCUGUUGAUGUGGUCACCACAGAAAUGUCUGUUGAUGUAGUCACCACAGAAAUGUCUGUUGAUGUGGUCAUCACAGAAAUGUCUGUUGAUGUGGUCACCACAGAAAUGUCUGUUGAUGUGGUCACCACAGAAAUGUCUGUUGAUGUGGUCACCACAGAAAUGUCUGUUGAUGUGGUCACCACAGACAUGUCUGUUGAUGUGGUCACCACAGAAAUGUCUGUUGAUAUUGAUAACAUCGGCAUCAGAAUCUGACUCAAGUUUUCCAAUUUUAGAGCAAUGAAUGGGCUGACUCUUCCGUCCAACCUAUUAUAAGAGAGUCACAGGCAAGACCUAGAUUUUUAUUAAAUUAAAAACAGACAAAUGUAUUUCAUUUUAAAAUCUACUAUAUUUGAAAGUAAAAUAGAUUUUCUUCCAAGGUAAAUUUGAUUUGAAAAAAAUAUUUUUAUACUUCUUUAUUUGAGUAUAAACUUUUAGUUAUACAAUUUUUAGUACUAAAUUUGUCUAUUAUAAUUUCCCAUUAUUGUAAUAUGAUAAAAUGUAUAGCACAAUGUUUAUGAAAUUGAGUUGAUUGUCUAGUUUAAGCUUGGUUAAUUGUCCUAAGUCAAGUGCUGGUAUAUUGUUUUUUUUCCCAUUGUUCCUAUGACACGUCAAACAUUUUGGCGUUACUAAAUGCUAUAUAUUUUACAGAUGUCAUGGAUAAAUUCAAGAAUUUUUUUUCUUGUAUUUUGAUUAUACAAUGUUUACUAAUUUUUCAAUGACAAAAUAUUUAAUUAAUUCUAUUCUAUUAAAUUGAUUGCAUUUCCAUUUUCCUAAUUGUUUAAAAACUUACUUGUAACUUAGUAUGUGUUGUCUGGUACUGUAAUUGCCAGUAUUUAAAGAAAAUCUA